CAUGUGGGCAGUUUGGUCCGGACCAGCACCAGACUUCUGUGACGAUCCGGUCGGCCAUGUGAUUUUCGAUACUUUCAACCCUCUCAUGAUGGGCGGCGCGGCGGUUCUGCCCCAUUCCCAGUAUCCUCUCUAUCCCCCUUUCUCUCUCCCCACCACCACCACCUGAACGCCGACCAAAUCAUCAAGCGCGAUUGAGAAUAGUGGAGGGGGAACAUUCAAACGAAGCAAAGCAAAGAUCAUAUGCUUCUGGUCUUUCUCCUCAAUCUCAGGGAGGGUUGGUUGCAAGCAAAGGGGUGUUGGGAUCUUGAGGGCUGCUUUUCUUGCCCUCAAGAUGAGCUACGGGAGCAGCUCACUUGCUUCUGUGCAUUGAAGUUGGUUAGUGCAGGUGCUAAGACUGCUGCAAGGCCUUUUGAGUAUGGAAGGACCCAUGUGGUCAGACCAAAAGGAAGGCACCAGGCCACUAUAGUGUGGCUUCAUGGCUUAGGUGACAAUGGAGCAAGCUGGUCCCAACUCCUGGAGACCCUUCCUCUUCCCAAUAUUAAGUGGAUAUGUCCAACAGCCCCUACUCGACCUGUAGCUGUCUUUGGUGGAUUCCCUUGCACUGCAUGGUUUGAUGUUGGGGACCUGUCGGAAGAUGGACCUGAUGAUGUUGAGGGAAUGGAUGCUUCAGCUGCACAUGUUGCAAACCUGUUAUCAACAGAGCCUGCUGAUAUCAAGAUUGGUGUCGGUGGCUUUAGCAUGGGUGCUGCUACUGCACUCUAUUCUGCUACUUGUUUUGCUUAUGGAAAAUAUGGAAAUGGCAAUCCUUACCCGGUCAACUUAAGUGCAAUUGUUGGUCUAAGUGGCUGGCUUCCUUGUUCUAGGAGCUUGAAGAACAAGGUGGAAAGCUCUCAAGUGGCUUCAAGACGAGCUGCCGCCUUGCCACUUUUGCUUUGUCAUGGAAGAGGGGACGAAGUUGUGCUUUAUAAACAUGGAGAGAAAUCUGCUGAGGUGCUGAGAUCUAAUUUUCAGAAUCUUACUUUCAAAACUUACAAUGGGCUCGGCCACUACACAAUUCCUGAAGAGAUGGAAGAUGUCUGCAAGUGGCUUACCGCCACCUUGGGGCUUGAUGGAUCUUGCUCAUAAGUGCAUCCAUCUUUGAUUUUGGAUAAUACUGUGGAAUGGGGAAAGCAAAGAUAUUCUAUAGCUGUAAUGAAUAGAUUAAAUUAUGGAUAAUAUUAGAUGUGUUUGGGGCAUAUGAUAUAGCUGCUUUCGGUCAUCCUAGCAUCUUCUGGUCCUGCAUUUUAUUUGGAAACUUUGUCUAUAUGCACGCUCAUAAACAUUAGUGGUUGGAUGGCAUUGGUAUGGGUAUCCUUUAAACAUCGCAUAAUUCAAUUUCCCUUUCUGAGAAUAG